ACAUAAUUAGCAAUAAAACAUUUUUGGUGAAUUUUAAUCUUUUUGUUUGUAUAGGAACCUAACUGGACGAAACCCAGAGGUGUUCUACAAAGAAAUGCAGGUCUCCAAUGGCUGAGAGAAAAUAGAACUCCUGAAGAUAAAGGAGUUAUCUACUUUGCCGAUGAUGAUAACACCUACAGUCUCCACAUUUUCAACGAGAUGAGGUGGACAAAGCGAGUGAGCGUGUGGCCGGUGGGCCUGGUGGGGGGAUUGCUGGUGGAGCGCCCCCUCGUCAACGCGGCUGGCAAGGUGUCCGGCUUCAACAGUGUCUGGGGGACGGACAGGCCCUUCCCCAUCGACAUGGCGGGGUUCGCUAUCAACCUACAGCAUCUGCUCGCUCAUCCUGAGGUGAAAUUUUCAUUCAAAGUAAAAAUGGGCCAUCAAGAGAGUGUUUUCCUUGACCAGUUGACAAAAAAGGAAGAUCUGGAACCGUUGGCCGAUAACUGUACUAAAAUCUAUGUUUGGCAUACACGGACCGAAGAACCGAGUUUAAAAUUCGAAAAACAGCUCAAAAAUAAAGUUGCAGAUUUGUUUUCCUUUUUCAAAUGAAAAUGUAUUGGAAACUGGACUGAGCCUCAACGUCUUAUUUGAACAAAGACGGAAACAUAAAGAAAAAAUCGAAGAAGGCAUUUUGAAUAAUAUUGGCAGUCAUAGACCACUCCUCUUUAUUUUAUGAAUGUAUAUCCUCUAUAAAUCUAUGUAUGUGUUGUCCUUGUGUAUUUAUUUUUAUAUAUUUCUACAAAUUCCUUUUUUAGUACAGUAUUUUUUCACCUCUAAUUAUUUUCAAAAUUCUAAACUAAUCUAGUCUCUCAUUCUUUUUUCUUGAAUUCCUCUUGAAUGAACAAUUCAAUAUUGCUAAAAUCAAAUUCUAUGAAAUAUGAAAUUAUAUUUUAGAAAUAGAUUGAAAAUAUUGUGCUAAGAUUUCUAUGAAGACGCUUAUACAUUUCAUUACACUCUUAUUGCACUAAAAGUUAUUUAAAAUAAAUUUUAUGCGAAUUUCAAAAUCAAUGUAAUUAAAUAUCUAGAUGUUGGGAAAUUUAGCUUAGCAAGGUAAUUAUUGUAAAGCCGUUAUUUUUAUAAAUAGGAAAUAACUGUAUGAAUUUUGUUGAUAUAAAUAUUCAUUAGACUAAAGUGGAGAAGGCCGAUUAAUAUCAGACAAAAAUUAAAAAUUUAGUGAUGAAUUAUCACUGGUUUGGUGCUAUAAAUUUUCCAAAUUUACUGUUUGUUGUUUUAUUGAGAAUUUUUUGUAUCUUAUAUUAGGAAAAAAUGUAUAAUUGUUUAACCAUGACAAACUGAAUUAUACUAUCGAAUAAGUCCAAGCACGUUUAUAGAUUUUCUUCAACUUUUGGAAAGUUGGAAUAAUGUAUCUGAAUUUUGAAUUAAUAGCCUACAUAUUGUAAAGUGUACAAUUGAACGGCCAAUGUUAAUCAAACUUGUUAUUAAAUAUGAUUUUGGCAUAAUUAUGAAAAUGGUUUGUCAAGUUACACUGUAUUGUAUUGGCGAGGUAUAUUAAAAAAAAAAAAAAAAUAAAUGAAUAAAUUGGCCUUUAUUCAAUUUCACAAUAAUUGCAUUACAAAAGAAAUCAGUUAUAACAUUUUAUCGUAGGCAUUUUUUCUCCAUGGCAAAGUGCCGUCUGGAGGAGUAGAUGGAAUUUAUAUGUUCAGAUUCUAAAGAAAUGUGAAAAGUUUACAUGACAAAGAGUUUUGUCGCUUCUCUAUUAAUUUUUACUUGAACCAAUUAAUAAGCAAAUUAAUUUCAAAAUUAAUACAGAAUUUCCUCUAUGUAGCAUAGUUUCUUUGACUAUGGAUACGUUAAUACCUAACGUAUCCAUAAUCAAAGAUAGUAGCAUUGAAAAAUAAUUCAAUUUUAUUAUCUCAACUUUUAAUCAAAUAUUGUACACACUGUGAUUUCUAAUGUUAAUUCUCCAAUUUAAAAUUUUAUAAGUACUAUAAAUUAUUGCUUAUUUCAAGUUAAAAUCGUAGUAAUAUAAAUUUGUAAUCUGUUUAUUGUUAUUUACUAUUAUGAGCGCGACAUUUUUAAAUCUAUUGUCAAACAAAUUAUUUAUUAAUAAAUAAAAAACUGAUGUAAUAAAAUAUUUCUUGUAAAUUGUAUCAAAUAUAAAAAAAUAAACGAACAAUACUCUCUUC